AUGAAGUCGAAACGCUGUGAAUUCUAUGAAAAAGCGUUAAAACACGAACACAUCGUGCAAUUACGCGAUAACGACGUUUUAACCGCUCAAGAACAGCUCGUGGGUGGUUUAAUCAGCUCUGCCGCAUCAGAUUAUGGUCUGGAGAUUGCUGGGCGAUCCAAAUUUGCUUGCCAAGCACCUACAGAUUUUGUCGUGUUGCGUCUAUUUUACUGCAACCUAAAAGCGUCUCGUGGAGGGUCUAGCAAUGCAGCAGAAGCAACAGUGGACCACAGUGUGUGCCUUGGAUUUGAAAGCGUGAUGCACGACCACGUCAAGACGAAGGCUCGAGGGCGGCCAUAA